CUUAUAAAUGAAGCGAUUCUUAACUACAGUGUCAUAUAGCAAUAUACGUUACAACAGUAAGUGGUUGCACAGGUGAUACGCAGACAUACCAUCGCUCGUUUGGGGAACUAGAUAUCAUUGGCGUGUCUAAACUGGUUGAACGAACCGUAGCUGUGAGGAAAAGAGUACGCUUGUGUCGUUCAGGUGUUUACUCCAUCUUUGUUCUCUCGGUUUUUCUCAAAUUCAGCUAUGAAGAUUUGGAUUGCACUUCUUCUUGCGACUUUCGCAGUGGGUGCAUCAGCUCAAUGCACAUGUGAGACUUUUAAGUGGGCUACAUGUGAUGGCACCCCUUGCCAGUGUAGCGUUAUGGUGGGAACGGGUGAGAAGCAAAACCUGAACUGUUCUAAAUUGAUCCCCAAAUGCUUCCUGAUGAAGGCAGAGAUGUACCGUGCUAGGAAUGGCCUGUCCACUCGUACCGGAGGAAAGCCAGUCAAGACCGCCUUUGUGGACAACGAUGGCAUCUACGACCCAGACUGUGAGACUACUGGUGCCUUCCGGGCCAAGCAGUGCAAUAACACUAAGGAGUGUUGGUGUGUCAACAGUGCUGGCGUGCGCAGAACCGACAAGGGAGACGAGAGCCUUCGCUGUGAGAAGUUGGUGGAGACCUAUUGGGUUCGCCUGGAGCUCAAGCACAAGCCAGUGAACAACGCUGUGGAUGCUGCUAAAUUGCAGGCUGCCAUAGGAACUGCCAUCCAGAACCGUUACAGCUUUGACAAGACCCUUGUGAAGGAGGUGGAGUACGACCCCGAGGCUCGCCUGAUCGUCGUCGAUGUCCAGAAGGAGAAGGGAGACCGCAAGGCCGACCUGUCUCGUAUGGCUUACUACAUGGAGAAAGACGUUAAGGUGCUGCCCCUGUUCAAGGACCAGGCUAAGUUUGAGCCCAGUGUGGACGGUCAGAAGCUGGAGAUGGAGGAGAUCUUGGUGUACUAUGUAGAUGAGGAGGCCCCCACCUUCACCAUGAAGAGGCUGACCGGGGGAGUCAUCGCUGUCAUCGUGGUGGUCAUUCUGGCCGUGGCUGCCGGACUGCUGGUCCUCUACCUUACGAGGAGGAGAGAGCGGGGUUACAGCAAAGCAGAGGUGAGUGGUCCAAUAGGUCUCAUUGAUUUAAGCGCUUGAAAUGUGUAAAGUGGUCAUGGGUUUUAUUAAUGCAACCCUCUCUGUCAUUACUACAGUUUACAAUCAUCAAAAUCAUACUAACCUGUUGAAAAAAAAAAAACAAUUUCCCCCCGAUGCCUAAUGUUUUGUUGUCUCUUUCAGCCCAGAGAGAUGGAGGCCAUGUAGACAAAUAUUAACCACAGAGCUGGUUCUACACUGAAAUAUUAAAACCUUGUAUAGUGCCUUAAUAUAACGUGCUGUUUGCAAUUGUGCUGUUUAAUAUUGUUACUUGAGGGAUGCCGUUUUGUAAAGGAUUGGUCAAAUUCUAUUUAGCACUAUUACUACCGCCCAGCGUUUUUAUUUAUGAGCUGUUGAUUAAAAUGUUUAACAUUUUGAUUUAAGUGAAGAUGUUAGAAUGCUGUAGAUCCCGCACACUUGACUCUGGACAUCGGCGCCAGUUCCACUUUAAUAUAAAAUAAAAAUGUUCCACUCUAGUCAGGGACUGAUUUAGACCUGGGGUACCAGGUGGGUGCAAUUUUAAGUAUCAGGUAGAACAGAACCAGCAGGCUCCAGACCUUGUAGGCAGGUUGAAUACCCCUGCUGUAGAUUGUACGGUUUCAUAUGAACUUUGUUUUUGAUAGAUUUUAUGUUUUUUUUAAUAAAGUAUGAAUUUUAA